GAAUCGUCCCUAAACAAGCCCUUGGUAUUACUUUCCGAGACACCCACGGAUAGGCUUCAUCAAACUACAUCUCUGUCUCGUCCAUGGUUAACGGAACCCAAAACCAUGGGCCCAAACCUCUUCCGCCACCCACCGGAUUAGGAAGAAUAGUGUGCUCUUCUCUAGAGCAGCCUAACAAUUUUACCAUACUUCAAACCUCGCAGACUCCAUUGCCUCCUGUUCUCCUACGAAACCGAGAAGUCCCCUUUUUGAGUCACAAAACGUCGUCUUUUUGCCCCAGCCGCGGGUGGCCGUUGCCGUGUCUAUAUCUGCGCCGGCUUCCCCCUUGGCCGCCCUCCACGGCUCGGCCGAGAUGUCCGAAAACCCAAUCCAGGCCAUCCUAAAAACCUUCGACUCCUUCGCCCAUGGCUUCCAAGCCCAUCUCUCCCACCUCUUCUCUGACCUCCAGACCUCCUCCUCUCCUAUAAGGUCCCGAGCUCCUAAGCCCCUCACGCUGGAUGAGUCCGCCAUCCUUCAAUCAGUGGAGGACGUCUCAGUGCCCGCUUCGCUCGCCAAGAAGAAAUCUGUUACUCCUUUGACGAAAGAAGAGAUCGGGAGGGCUACGUGGACGCUGCUUCACAGUAUAGCAGCCCAGUUUCCAGACCAACCAACUAGACAACAAAAACGAGAUGCAAAAGAACUGAUGGCCAUAAUAUCUCGACUUUACCCAUGUAAAGAAUGUGCAGAUCAUUUUAAAGAAGUGUUGAAAGCAAAUCCUGUACAGGCAGGAUCGCAGGCUGAGUUUUCUCAGUGGCUAUGUCAUGUACACAACGUUGUGAAUCGAAGCCUCGGGAAACUGACAUUCCCCAGCGAAAGAGUGAAUGCAAGAUGGGGUAAACUGGACUGCGAGGAUGGUGGUUGUGAUGUUGAAGGCAGUUAGUUCUUGCGCGCAUGCGCCCAGAGAGAGAGAGAGAGAGUAACAAAUAUAGACCAAUAUUUUGUACAGGAUAAUAGAAUAGAAAACGUCAUGGAAUAUUUUCCACCUUUCAUACAAACGUACACACACAUACAGAGAGAGAGAGAGAGAGAGAGAGAGAGA